UUCUGAAAAACAAUCUUGAUAACCUGGGCAUUGUUGGCACUUGUGCACAAUGUCUAAGUGGGUUUCCAAACACAGUUCCGGUGUGAAUUUUGAUGAGAAUGUACGCGAAGAUGUUUUCGUCGUUUCACUUGGUCAUAAUCUUGGCUAUGCUUUUUGGACAUCUGCAAUUCCGGGUUUUGGUAGUAGCACGAGUUUCCGGUCCAGUUCAACGUCGUGCCAACGCUACAAUUUUUACGCCUGCCCGCACCCAUAAUGGAGCAUACAAUAACUUGGCCUUUGGUCCCGAAAUCAAAACAUAUACCCGUACCAUGGUAGCGCCUAAUUGGAUUGUGCCAACGAAUAACCAAUCUGCUUUCAAAACUCCAGGAUUUUCAUCAUCCCCCCAGAAUCGAACUUGGUUCCCCACCAAUCACGGCUUUUACGGCGCGACAUCAGGUAGUGCUUCAAACGGCUGGAUAGCCAGUAAUAAUUCGCAGCCAGAAGCUUUUCCAUCGGGCUGGUUCCAACCAAACGUUCGCCAAGGUCAGAUCGACACCCCAGCACUUCUCUCCGGAAGGAGCAAUGGAACUUUUUAUCCAGCAUAUAAUCAAACAUCCAAUAGUGUACCUCAAGGCGGCCGCACAGUCCAUGGAAAUUCUUACUCCAGUCCUUAUGGAAACCUUUCUGUUUAAACAUGAUAUUCCUCUUCAAGGAACCCAGUAAAAUCAAUUUACAUUUUCAUUUUUUCAAACUACAA